AUGGACUUUCCGUUUCAUGUCAAGGAGCACCUCAUCCCAGGUCAACAUGUGAGAGAGUACGCACGAGCAACGGCUAACUCACAAGAGGACACUGUGUACCUGGCCAUCAAGCAGUAUACUCCAAAGGACAAUCCUUCUCCCCAGCCAGGCGACAUAACCGUUAUUGGCGCGCAUGCAAAUGGUUUCCCGAAAGAGCUUUACGAGCCACUGUGGGUUGAACUGCACGGCGCGGCAAAGUCUCAUGGCUUCCGGAUCCGGAGUAUUUGGAUUGCUGAUGUAGCCAACCAAGGAUACAGUGGUGAAGCCAACGAGCUUACUCUCGGCAAUGAUCCGUCGUGGGCUGAUCACGGCCGGGACCUCCUGCACAUGACCAAUGUGUUCAAGAAGGAGAUGCCACGACCUCUUAUCGGGAUUGGGCACUCGUUUGGCGCAAACUGUCUCACGCAUUUAUCACUGCUUCACCCCAGGCUGUUCACGACAUUAGUCCUGUUUGAUGCCACCAUCACCAAGUUUGGCUUCAAAGGCGCCGGUCCAGGCGUGUCCCCAGCAAAGGGCUCCGCCUUCCGGAGGGAUACAUGGCCCUCGGCCGAAGUUGCUGCCGAGGGUUUCCGCCGCUCCCCCUUCUACAAGUCAUGGGACCCGCGGGUCCUCGAUGCCUGGAUCAAACACGGUCUGCGGCCAACUCCAACUGCCCUGUUCCCAGACGCAGCACCAGGCACUGUCACACUUCGAACGACAAAGCACCAAGAACUGUUUACCUUCUUCCGGCCUUUAUACCCAUACGCGCGCCCGGAUGGCACGCUUGACUUAUCCAAGGUGCCAGACUUUGAUCCAAAGGCACACGAAGGCUUUGACGGCCGAGUGCCGUUCCCGUUUUACCGGGCCGAGGGCCCCGCCAUCUUGGCAAGACUGCCCGAGGUGAGGCCAUCGGUUGUCUUUGUGGCGGGUGGCGCCAGCGACUUGAGCACCCCCGACAAGCGCCGGUUCCGCCUCGAGACGACUGGUACUGGUGUCGGCGGCAGCGGAGGCGCCAAGGCCGGCAGAGUUGCCGAGGUUCUGAUGGAAGGCAUGGGCCACCUCUUCCCCAUGGAAGUGCCGGGCCAGUGUGCCGAGCACGCAGCGGUAUGGAUCGAGCGGGAGAUUGAGAGGUGGCGCGCCGAGCAGCGCGAGUAUGAAGACUGGAGCAAGUCCCGUGGCCUCGUCGAGAAGAGCACCAUGGAUGCCGAGUGGUUGGGCAAGCUUGGGACACCGCCCGAGCGGAGGAGCAAGGGGAACGGUGGAGGCGCCAAGUUGUGA